AUGAAUGACCCUAAUCAGUUUCCCAAGGCGGUCGUAGUCCAAAAUUCGGGAUAUAGAAUUAGUGAUCCACAUAAUCCAAGACAUUAUGUAAAUCUAAGCACACGUAACAUUAGUGAUAUGAAAAAUAAUCAUAUGACUAAUAUGGCCCACAGUCAAAUUCAAAUGGAGCCUACAAAUAUUUCUCAAAGACAGCAAGCUGUACCCCACCAUAUAAGACCAAAUGCACCACAUCAUAUACCAAAUGGACCCUUCCAGUAUCAGGUGCAUUUGCCUAACGAUGUGGCUUAUCAAGGAACCACUAAUCAUAUGGCUUAUUACCCAUUUACUCCACAGCCGGCUUCACAGGCAGCUGUAUUAAUGCCAUAUGUAAACUAUCCUACCAAUCAACGAGGUAUGUUUUAUUCCCAACUUACAUCACCAAUAACUGAUAUGGGUAAUGCUCGAAAUUUUUAUGGAAAAUCUCUCAUUAUGCAGUCCAUACCAAUGGAUAUGGCCCCUAGUACACAAGCUUUUCAACAAAAGUCACAACAUCCAUCAAUUAUUCCAAUGAAAACCAUUGAAGCUUCUUCUAGACCUGUACGGAAAAAAGUUCUUAUUAAAAUAAUUGAUCCUCAAACAGGCCAUGAAGUUGACUUAAAUAAUUCAUUACAAGGACCACCAAAGGUUGAUGAGUUGGAAAAGAUGAAAGUUCAAAUCCAAUUCCAAAGUCAAGUACAAAGUGCCAUCAAAAAAGAUAACACUAAAUUAUCUAUAAAUAAUCCGAAUAAUGAAGGAGUAGAACAAGUUCAAAAAAAAUUCCAAUCACAAGUCGAAAAAUUGGCAAUUGAACGCACUAUAAUCCCAUCAAAAGCCACAGAAGUUGUCACUCAGUUUUCUGAAGAAAUUAUUAGAGAAGUUAAAGAAAUAAGUGUUGUUUCUACUAAUAUUGAAGAAGUGCCUGUUGCAAUAAAUGAUUCAAUUAAUAUUGAUAUUGGUGGCUUAACUAUUAACACUGAAGAUACUACUGAGAGCGAAAUAAAAACGACACUAACAAAUACAUUACCAAGUUCUACUACACCUCUUGAAGUACAUAUGCCAAAUGCUGAUGUCACCAAUAUUUCAGAUGAACCUAUUAUUUUAAAAAAUAAUACAGAUAAAGAAUCUGUUAAAUCAGUUAAACCUAAUAAAAUUAAUAUCAAGAACAAAAAUAAUCAACAUAAGAAUUUGGUUAAAUUAUAUGCCAAUGAUGGAAUGAAAGCAGAUAAUACAAUUGAAACUAAUACUAUUGAGCAUGGUAUUGAAUCAAAAACUAAUGAUAUUUUAAAACAACAAAAAACCAAGGAGAAUGAGAAUAAUAUUCAUUAUUCUAAAACUGAAGAAGAAAAGCAUAUUAUUUCAAAACCGGAAGUACAACAACCGAAAGAAACACAAAACAACGGGAUUCAACACGAACCCCUUGUUAAAGAUGCAGCUUUAAAGUUGCCUAGUUAUUUAGACAAUUUACCGUAUACCGAAGGACAAUGGAGUGUUACAAACCCAACUGGAAAUAAGGUGUAUUCUAAAUUAUUUUUAAUACAACUUGGUAGUGAAGCCGUCUGUCAAAAGAAGCCUAAUGUAUUAAGAAACUGGAGUAAACUAACAAAAUUAUCUAGUGUACCACAGUUUGAUUCAUUAGGUAGGUACCUUAGUGGUGAUGCAACUAGAUUUUAUUCUAUUUUUUUAGAAUUGAUAAUGCAACCAGGUGUCAAGCGCAUUAGUUAUCAAAGAAGAACAGCCAGUAAAACAUCAAAACCUAACAGUUUUCAUAUGUCUAUUUGUGUUAAAGAAGAAGUUAAAUUAAAUCAGACUGAAAAUGCUUGGGUUCCAACAGCUGCUAAAAAAGUCACCAAGCCUGAAGUAGUAAAAACGAAAAAUGAAGAGGAACAAAAAAAUGAUGAAGUAUACAAAAGCGUUCGAUCAAUUUUGAAUAAAAUAACUCCUGAUAACAUGUCUUUAUUAACUGAUCAUUUUAAGGCAUUACCUAUUGAUACAAUUGAACGUCUGGAGAAAACUAUUGAUUUAGUUUUUAAAAAGGCAAUAGAAGAACAACAUUUUGUACCUCUAUAUUCAUCUUUAUGUUCGGCUAUGCAAUCGGUACAUGUUAAGUCUAAAGAUGGUAAAACGAUAUCUUUUAAGAAGUUAAUAAUAAGUAAAUGCCAAAGCCUAUUCGAAUUAGACAAGGCUCAAGAAAUGAACUCUGCUAAAAAGCGCACUGAAAUUAAUUCUUGCAAAGAUUCAGAAAAGAAGAAAGAACUUCAACUUGAAUUUGAAGAAAAUGAAAAAAAGUUACGUAAACGUUCUGUAGGAAAUUGCCGAUUUAUUGGUGAAUUAUUUAAACAAAAAAUUCUUACCCCAAAUAUUAUGCUGUAUUGCAUCAUGAAUUUAGUCACCAAACAUGUUGAAGAACCACUCGAGUGUUUAUGUAAUUUAUUAAAGACUGUUGGAAAAGAAUUAGAACAAUCUUACAAUUUAGAUGAGACUUUUAAUAAACUGAAAGGUUUAGCAUCCAGAGACACAAAAUCCAAGAUUCCAUCUAGAAUAAAAUUCAUGAUACAAGAUGUCAUUGAUUUGCGUAGGGAUGAAUGGACACCUAGGCGUACUGAUAAUAAACCAAAAAUGAUAAACGAAAUAGAAAAUGAUGUCAAAAAUGAAGCAAUUGUACAACAAUCUUUAUCACCGGCUUAUAAUAGACACGAAAAACGAGAUCAUCGUCGUGGUAAUGACAAAUUCAGGGGUGGUAAAAACAAAAGUCGCCGGGAAAAUUGGAAAGAGUGGAAUGCUGUUCAAAAUAAUACCAAGUAUAAGCAACAAAAUUACACUAUUGACCAAUCUAAACUACAAGAUUUUAAGGAAAACAUAUCUGUUAAGACCUUAGGCCCACCUAAAUGGUCAUUUGCCACGGUUAAUAACAUGCCAUUUACUAGAAGUAACGCACAUGCAGUUCUUGAUGAUAAUAAAAAAUCAUCAAAUUCUCCACAAAUAAUGUCAAAUAGAAUCACAUCACGGAAGCCAGUUAUAUCAAAAACUGAAGAAGGACAAAGAAUGAUGUCUGGAGUAACGAGUAUGCUGCCUCAAUUUGCUCAACACAAUCCUUCAAUUAAUUAUUCUAGUUCACAGUCCAAAGAAACUGUUGAAGAACCAGUUCUGACACUAGACUUAAAAAUACCUAAUAAAAUUUAUAUGAAAUGCAAAAAUAUGCUUCUUGAAUAUGAUGAAAUGCAAAAUUUAGAAGAUAUAAUUUAUUCAUUAUCGGAAGAUGAAACUUCGGUGAUCCGCACAAGGCAUGUAGAGUUUGUGAAAUUAAUGUCACUUAUAACUUUAGAUAGUAAUCCAAUUACCCUAACAACAGUGGCCGGAAACAUUUUUGCUGCACUUUUAUCUAAACAAAUUCUUUCUGUGGAGGCCAUAACUCAGGGAAUUGAUGCUGUCCUUAAAGAUUGGAAUGAUUAUUUGAUGGAUUACCCUCAAUUUUUCUCCUAUAUUGCUGCCAUUAUUGCUCCUUCAUUACUAUCACAGAAUGUUUCCUUUGAUUUCAAAAAUUUAAAAGAUUCUUGUACAUCAAUACGACCAGACAAUUCUAGUAAAUUUUUUAUAGAAGUAUUAAAUAAAAUUCUUAGUUCCGAGGAAAAGCAGACCAUUAAAGAACAGCUAGGUGGUAUAUUGUGGAUUUACAAUAAGUGGCUGGCAUCGGAAUAUGUUCCUCUUAACAUAUUUAUGCCUGACAACCAAUUCAAUAAUUAUUUUGAAAAUGAUCGAAUUGGAGUAUUCCUUUUGUCUAUUGCUAUGUAUGAUAAAUUGAAGAUGACUAUAUAUAGUUACAAUAUAUUGCAUAGUUGGAUAAGUACAAAUAUCAAUGCAGAAAUAAUAAAAUGCCCUCAAUUUGUCCGAGCAUUAACUAUAGCCAUUGUCAUUGUAUGUUUGAAUUCGAAUCAUGCAUAUGAGGAUUUCUUUGAUAAUGUUCAUGUGAAAUUGUUGACCUACUAUAUUUGGUUUGAAACACUUCCAGAACCUGAAAUCCAGGCAAGAGAAAUACAAUGUCUAUAUGGCAUUCAAAUUAUGUCUGCUGCACUUGAACAUCCUGGAGGAAUGAUAUCCAAACUGUUUCAUAAGCUCUAUCAGGAUAGAAUUAUAAGUAAAAAAUCUUUUGAAGUAUGGAAAAAAGAAGACAAAUGUAAAGCUGGAUUCAAUGAAGACUUAGAAACAAAAACUAUAGCUGUUGAAGUUUUAAAUUCAUUCUUCCUUUCACUUGUCGCAAAUGAUUCUGAUGAAGAUGAAACAGCUGGGUAG